CUCUCCAACCUUGUUCUCUCUUUAGGUCGAGUCCCGAAGGAAGGCAGGAGAAAACGGACAUCCAUUUCUGCAUCCCAAACCAGUAUCCUCCUUCAAGCCUUUGAGGAGGAGCGGUUUCCUGGCAUUGGUAUGAGGGAAAGCCUGGCCAGAAAAACAGGCCUUCCAGAAGCCAGAAUUCAGGUUUGGUUUCAGAACAGAAGAGCUCGGCACCCAGGGCAGAGCCCAAGUGGGCCCGAGAAUGCUUUGGCGGCAAACCACAAACCCAGUCCUCGCGGGACGGUCCCAUUGGACCAAAGCCACCUGUCAAGGGUCCCCAGGAGCUCUCCAAAUCUGGCUCCCUUCGAUCCCUUGGGAAGCAUGCAGACGCAGGCUGCAGGGACACCUCCUGUCUCCUCCGUGUUUGUUGUCCCUUCAGUUUCUUGUGGGGGCUUUGGGCGCCUGAUUCCGGGGGCCAGCCUGGUCACACCAACCUUAGGUGGGCAAGGAGGAAUCGCUGCUGCUCCCAGAGUCCUGGGGAGCCGAUGCUGCCCAGAACUGACUCCAGGAGGGGGCCUCUCACCAGGUCAUGCUGACCUUGGCCUCCCCUCCCCUGGGAGAUGCCAGCAGCCGAAAGAGCACCCCAGCAAGGCGCCCCUGCCCUCGCAAGUUGGCCCGCGGCCUCCGCCUGUUGAUCCUCCUCAACACUGGGGUCAUGCAGGUCCCUCGGGCACCGAUCAGGCCACGCCGAGGAGGGGCCAAAGUUCCCAGGCAGUCAUGGGCACAGCAGGGUCCCAGGAUGGGACAGGGCAGCAGCCCGCCCCCGGGGAGAGCCCCGCUUGGUGGCAACAGCCUCCCCCUCCUGCAGGGCCAUGUGUCCCGCUGCCCCCACAGCACCAGCUGUGUGCGGACACCUCCAGUUUCCUACAAGAGCUUUUCUCAGCCGAUGAGAUGGAAGAAGAUGUCCACCCCUUGUGGGUGGGGACUCUGCAGGAGGACGAACCUCCAGGACCCCUGGAAGCACCCCUCAGCGAGGACGAUUUUCACGCUCUGCUGGAAAUGCUACAGGACUCCUUGUGGCCUCAGGCCUAGGAGCAGGGAGGACCUGUCCUCCCCACGCCCAACCCAUGCAUUCAGGCAUCCAGGGGAACAUGGGGCCCUAGCGUGACUCAGAGGAGGGGGAACCCUCAGUUCAGCCAGGGGCCGGACGGAGCCUGAGGCCAGGAGGAGCAGCCAUCAUGCUCCAGGUCUGGACUGUGUUGCCCAGGGACUCGGAUGCAUCUAGGCUGUCAGGGUGGGAAUGGCCUAAGGGGCAAAGCCUGAGGUCUCCCCCGUCAGCCUCCUGUCCCAGGCUACGGCGGGAAUGUCCUGGGGCCUUGGCCUGGCAUCUUGCCCAGAGCACUGCCAACUGUCACCAAGUGGCAGCCAGAGGGGUGGCCACAGCCACUCGGGGCGGUCAGUGUGAGACGGUCCCACUGGGGUGCGUUCCAGAACCUCAGCCGCGUGUGUGCCUUUGUGCAUGUGCAUGUGUUUUCCUUCUGUGGGACCCAUCAGCAGGCCCCUGGACCCUCAAGGGUCCCUGGCUAUUCAGGAAGCAGCAGACGUUAGCGGUCAGCCUGUCACAGGUCUUCCCUCAGCCGGGUCACCUCUCUUCCCUGCCAAGAGUCACCUGAGGAAACCUCAUCCCGGCUGUUCAAGCUCCACGGGGUGACCCAUGGCUACAAUAAACAUCUCUCUG